AUGACAAAAUAUCAAUCAUUUAAUUCUCUUCCUUCCUUUCUUUCUUUCUUUCUUUCUUUCUUUUGUUCUUCCUUUCUUUCUUUAUUUCUUUCUUUCUUUCUUUCUUUCAAUCUUUCUUUCUGUCUAUCUUCUAUCUAUCAACUUCAAUCUAUCUAUCUAUCUAUCUAUCUAUCUAUCUAUCUAUCUAUCUAUCUAUCAGUCUUUUCAUAUCUAUCUAUCUAUCUAUCUAUCUAUCUAUCUCAUUCUUUAUCUUCUAUUCUUUUAUAUCUAUCUAUCUAUCAAGUUAAUCGUUAUCUAUCUAUCUAUCUAUCUAUCUAUCUAUCUAAACUGUUAUCCUUUCUUUCUUUCGUUUUUCUUUCUUCUUUCUUUCUUUCUUUCUUCUUUCUUUCUUCCUUUCUUUUUCUUUUUCUUUCUUUCUUUUUCUUCUUUCUUUCUUCCUUUCUUUUUCUUUUUCUUUUCUUUUCUUUUCUUUUUCUUUCUUUCUUCCUUUUUUUUCUUUUCUUUCUUUCUUCCUUUCUUUUUCUUUUUCUUUCUUUCUUUCUUCUUUCUUUCUUCCUUUCUUUUUCUUUUUCUAUCUUUCUUUCUUCUUUCUUUCUUCCUUUCUUUUUCUUUUUCUUUCUUUCUUUCUUCUUUCUUUCUUCCUUUCUUUUUCUUUUUCUUUCUUUCUUCCUUUCUUUUUCUUUUUCUUUUUUUCUUUCUUCUUUCUUUCUUCCUUUUUUUCUUUUUUCUUUCUUUCUUUCUUCUUUCUUUCUUCCUUUCUUUUUCUUUUUCUUUCUUUCUUUCUUCUUUCUUUCUUCCUUUCUUUUUCUUUCUUUCUUCCUUUCUUUUUCUUUUUCUUUCUUUCUUUCUUCUUUCUUUCUUCCUUUCUUUUUCUUUUUCUUUCUUUCUUUCUUUUCCCUUUCUAUCCAUCUACCUGUCAUUUUCAUUCUAUCUAUCUAUCUAUCUAUCUAUCUAUCUAUCUAUGUUUCUUUUGAUAUAUAUCUACCUGUCUCAUUCUUUGUCUCUCUGUUUAAUUUUCUAUCUAUCUAUCUAUCUAUCUAUCUAUCUAUCUAUCUAUCUAUCUAUCUAUCUAUCUAUCUAUUUUUUCUUUUUUUUUUCGUUUGUGAUUUCGUUCUUAAUUACUUUCACUCUUUCUUUCGUUCAUCCCGACUUUCUUCUUUAUACGUUAUAACUUUUGUCCGUUUAUUCAGUCGUUCCUCGCUAUUUUUUCUCUCGAUUUUUCAUAAGCUCGCUAUUUUUUCUAUCGAUUUUUCAUUCGUUCGCUCUUUUUCUUUUUCUUCCUUUCGUUUGUUCUUUCUUAAUUAUUUUAGUUCUUUCAUUCUUUCGUUCCUACUUUCAUUCUUUUUUUCAUUCAUUCUAUCUUUUGUCCGUUCGGUCAUUCGUUCGUUCUUUUCCUUGUUCUUUCUUUUAUUUGUUACUUUGAUAUUACUUUAUUUCCUUCUUUUAUUUUUCGUUCCUUCCUAUCUUUCUUUCUUUCUUUCUUUAUUUAUUUCGUUUCUUUGUUUGUUUCUUUCAUAUUACGUCAUUUCCUUCUUUUGUAUUUUGGUUCCUGUCUAUUUUCUCUUUUUCAUUCAUUCCUACGUUUCGUCUUUUUUGUUGUUGUUGUUUGCUUCGCUCUUUCAUUCAUUCCUUCUUUUAUUUCUUCUUCCUUUCGUUUAUUCGGUCUUAAUUUUUUUCUUUCUUUCAUUCUUUUCAUUCAUUCUAUUUUUCUUCGUUUAUUCAUUCGUUCAUUCUUUUCCUUGUUCUUUUGUUUAUUCCUUUGAUAUUAAUAUAUUUCCUUCCUUUAUUUUUCGUUCCUUCCUAUCUUUCUUUCUUUCUUUCUUUCCUUCCUACGUUUGGUCUUUUUUUUUCGCUGGUUGGUUCGCUAUUUUUUCUCUCGAUUUUUCAUUCGUUCACUCUUUUUUCUUUUUCUUUCUUUCGUUUGUUCUUUCUUAA